ACAGCAUAGACUUCUUCAUUACAAAGCGUUAACAAAGAAAAGAAAAAAAGACAAAAAAAGAAGAGAGAGAUGGGAAGUGGAAUGAUAUGGACAAUGGUCAUUGCAAUAGCUUUCUUGAUGAUCGGUCCCGACAAUAUCCACGUGGCGACAGCUCAGGUCUGUGGAGCUAACCUGUCGGGACUGAUGAAUGAGUGUCAACGCUACGUCAGCAACGCCGGACCAAAUUCUCCGCCGCCGUCUCGGUCUUGUUGUGCUUUAAUCCGUCCAAUCGACGUACCUUGUGCUUGCCGUUACGUUUCAAGAGAUGUUACGAACUAUAUUGAUAUGGACAAAGUGGUUUACGUUGCUCGUUCUUGCGGCAAGAAGAUUCCCUCCGGUUACAAAUGUGGAAGUUACACAGUUCCAGCGGCUUAAAGAGGAAGGAUACCAACAGACGACUUUGGAUUUGCUAUAAAAAUUAAUAAAAUGUACUGUUGGUGUAUUAAAUAAUGAUGAUGAUGAUGGGCUGUUUAUUAGAGCAAAUAAAAUAUUAGCUCCUUUAGUGUAAGCCAUUGUAAUGACAUUAACAUACCAUGAAUUAUUAACGAAAGAAAAGAAACAAAAAAAUGAAAAAGUAAAUAAUAAACGUGAAAGUCAAGCCCACAGGUAAAAUUUUUCCUAGCAACAAAACCACGUCCAAGUUACAAAUACUUGCGGCUUCUACACAGCCUUUUGUUUUCGUUCUUUAUCACUUUCUUGACUCUCACCUUUAUAAACCCAAUCAACGCAAAGUCCAAUCACAUGUAUAUAGCUAAUUCCAAAGAUCAAACACAUUGUUAAGAGAGAUUUAGAAAAAGCGCGAAAGAGAUCUAGAGAGAGAUGAACGCCGGAAAGCAAGCUUCGUGGGCGGUGGCGACGGCGAUCGCGGUGGUGGAAGUGCUAAAGGACCAAGGCGUUGCUCGUUGGAAUUACCCUCUCCGUUUACUUAACAAAGAAGCCAUGGCUCGCGUCCGUACCAUUACUGUCCCAUCUCGUCCCUCUCCUCUUCCUCCUCCUCCUGCGUCUUCUUCUUCUUCUUCGGCUGAUUUCAUCAGAUCCAAACAGGCCAAGACCACAUCCUUUGAGAAAGCUAUUGGGCUUAGCUGCUUUGGUCCAACCACCGUUAGAUUUUAGAUCUCUCAUUUUUGUAUUGAUCUAUUAUUCGAAUUUCCGCCUAGUUCCACCAAAGCUUGAAAUUGGAACCAUUGUUCUCACAUAACAUUCAUCAGCUUUAAGCAAAUUUCAUAAAUUUU